GCUAGUAAAAAAAAAAUUUAUCUUUUUGUAAGAUUUUUACCCUUGUAAGAGCAAUAAAAAUUCUUAUAGAAAAGAGAACAGGAAAAUUAUUUGUCAGAUUAUCAUCGUGUGUUAUAGUUUCCCCUUUUAUCACAUUUGUUAGAACACUGAAAAAGAAAACAUUUCUUGAACAUUUAGGUGUUCCUAUAAUACAUGAAUACCAUUUCAUAUUUUUGCUCAAAUGAAAUUUAAUUUCCACGUGGCAAGCUUGACCAAUGCACCCAUGCCAUCAUACAUGGGAUGGGCCACUGGAAUCAUCUUCACUGAAAUGCCACUAAAAACAAGCGAAGAGUCAUAGACGCCCCAAGGCUUAAAGCCUUAAACCCUCUCACCUUGAAAACGUAACCCUCUAACCGAACCCCCAUCAAAGGCCAAAGAAGACCGAAACCCUUUUCUCUCAUCAUCUCAAAGUGCUACAAAAACAGCUCAGAUAAGGAAAAACCUAAACCUCAAACCCACCAAGUACUCUACUCAAGGUCAGGGGCAAAGUGUAGCCAAAAUGGCGAACUUGAAGUCGGCAAUGGACUCUGCAUUUUGGGAUCAGAACAUAUCCACCCCACAGACUUUGGAAGGCUCGGCGAAGUCAGUUCCAGGGGAGCCGUUUCCGUUGGAUGGAGCUCGAGCCAGCAAAGCCCUUAGAAUUCAGCAGCUUUCAUUUCUAAGAAAUGUGUUUCCUUUGGGUAUCAUUCCUUCUUUAUCUCCUUCUUCACAGAAAGAGUUGGGUUCUUUCUCUUUUCAGUCUCUCUUGCUCAGACCCUCCACUUCUAACUGGUGGCUUGGAAUUAUUGGUCAGUUUAGGCCAAAGAAACUUAUUUCUGCUAUUAAAACGAAGCUUCAGAGUGCUGAUGAGUUGAAGCUUUCUGAUUUCCGAAAUGCACCCAAGCAUUUUCUUGACAAGUCACUGUAUUCAAUUGCAUUAGCUACACAGCUUUCCUUGUCUCCUUCUUUAUCCUUAAUUUGGAGCACAGAGAAGCAGGGGGAGAGGAAAGGUUAUCGCAACAAGUUCAAGCUUUAUCAUCAGCUUCCUAAUCAUGAUAUCACUCUGGAUGCUGCAUGGCCUGAGCUUUUUAUGGACCAUAAAGGAAAAUAUUGGGAGGUUCCAGAAUCAAUAUCCUUAGACAUGUCUUCACUUCCUUCUGAUUCGGGGUUGCUAUAUCAUUUUGGUAUACAUAAAAACAGUGGUCAUCCCCACGAUUUCAAUGCAGCAGAUGGUGAGGCGCCUACUUCUUUAAUGCCAGGAUUAUGUGCAAAGGCCGCAUUUUCUUAUGAGAAGAGCAAGGAUAUUUGGAGGCAAAACGAGAUAGAAGAGGAUCGCAUCGUAGAGACAGACGAAGGUUCAUUUUUGGUACCAUCAUAUGAUAUUCGUCUUGAAGAACCACAUGCAGCAAUAUCUGGAAUUAUAGGAGGCACAUGUGCGGCCUGGUUUGGGAAAGACUCCACAAGUGCUGAAUUACGGAGAGAGGGUAACUUUCCCACAACCAAUAAGAAGAGAAGUCCUUUGAACGCGGAUUUAUUUGCCUCAGCUUGCUACACUUUUCAGUAUGGGCAGUUUUGGAGGCAAUACGGUGAUCUAACCCGAGUAGAUGCCCGUUUGGACAUAUGUUCACUUUCAUCACUUGCCAAAAGAGUUUUCAAGAGUUCUCCUAGUGCAGACAAUUCACUAUCAUCUCCCAGACUUAAUUUGAUCUUUCAACAGCAGGUUGCAGGGCCAAUUGUCUUUCGAGUAGAUUCAAAGUUGUUGCUUGAUUCUAAAUCAGGGAAACGAGGCCCUCAUAUUGAUGAUAUCAUAUACAGCCUGAGCUACUCCUUGAGGCUUCUGCAAUCUGGAAAAGUUGUUGCUUGGUAUUCUCCAAAAAGAAAAGAAGGGAUGAUAGAAUUGCGCCUUUUUGAAUUCUAACUCAUGUUCUUUUGUCAUAUCUAUGAUUACUUUGUUUAGAACACUAGCCUUCUUGUGGGGGGAAUUAUUAACCCAAAAUAUUUAAGUUUCUUCCUCUAAUCAUUAUAAUUAAUCCAAACCCGUUUGGACAUGGUUGAAUUACCAACUUUAUUGUGUUCGGUUCCCAUGUUUUGACACAUACAUGAUACAUUUGCCAAAAGAAACUGGG